CUCAGAUCAACAAACUGUGCUGUGGUUAUGCAGACGAGCCAAAUAUCAAGUACAAAAGAAAUGGUCGCGAUACCGCGGAAAUCUUCGCUCAUGUCGUUCCGGAAUCUGUCUUACUCAUUUUCCCCUCCACCGCCGCCAUGCCGCCAACAAUUUCUUUGACGCCUGCCACGCUGAAAGCCUUUUUUGAUGAAGUUGCCCUUCUUAUCGGUGAGGACAAUGUCUCACGAGAUCACUCAAGUGGUGCCUUGACAGGAGCUCUGGCGCAAACCACAUACGGCAAUGCAUUCUCAAAAGCCGACACAAAUCUUCUAGCGGGUGCUGUGCGACCCGAAACCGUCCAGGAAGUUCAGGAAAUUAUCAAGCUCGCCAACAAGCACCAGGUCUAUCUUUGGACAAGGCAAGAACCUUGGCUACGGUGGUACUGGACCCGUCGUCAAAGGGACCGUGGUGCUGGACGUGCACCGCAUGACCCAGAUAUCGAAAUCAAUGAGGAGUAUGGCUAUGCCAUCUUGGAGCCUGGAGUAUUAUUUCUCGACCUCUAUGAAGAGAUCCAGAGGAGGGGACUGAAGCUUUGGCCUUCGGUUCCUGCGAUCGGCUGGGGCUCCGUCGUGGGCAACACCCUCGACCGAGGAUUUGGCUACACGCCCAAUGGUGAGCAUUCACAGUCUCAGUGCGGCAUGGAGGUUGUGUUGCCAGAUGGGACUCUCCUUCGCACUGGCUCUGGAGCGAUGUCCGAUAACGCCACGUGGGCGCUGUACAAAAGCGGCUUCGGCCCCAGUCUCGACGGCUUGUUCUAUCAGUCAAACCUCGGAAUUGUCACCAAGAUCGGAAUGCACAUCACCCCUGCCCCCGAAGCCUACGCCACUGUCGAAGUCGAUGUACCGCUCGAGUCAGACCUCAUCCCCUUGGUCGGCACCCUCUCUGAUCUCAUGCGCCGCUCCAUCAUUCUCAACAGUCCCUCCAUAGCCAACAUCUUCCGCAUCGCCCUCACCUCUGAGAAGCCCGAAGUCCUCAGUCAGAUUGGUCCCUACAUGAAGGCAGACUCGUGCGUGCCCUACGACCUCCUCGAGAGGAUUCGGGUUGAGGAGAGGUGGGGUUUCUGGCGGGCGUAUUUCUCGCUCUACGGCUCAGUGGAAAUGCUUUCCGCGCUCAAAGCAACAAGCGUGCCUUCAGACAAAGCCGUCCCCGGUGUGCAGUUCAAAUAUCGCGAAUGGGCCGGAUUGCCUGGUGCUGCCCUCUUGGCCGCGGAGGAUAUCAAGACCGAGGUGGUUCCUCACAGCGGUAUCCCAACCGUGGAACCUUUGGGGAUUGUUGACUUGAGAGGUGAACGGGGCGGUGGGCAUAUCUGCUUCAGCCCGGUGAUACCGCCUUCGGGCAGGGAGCUGUACGAUUGGUACCUCGCGGCCAAGAAGAGGACCGCGGACGCCAAGUUUGACUUCUUUGCCGACUUUCAUGUCUACCCUCGAUAUGUCAUUGCUAUUGAUCUGGUAAUUUACACAAUGGGUGAGGAGCAGAGGCUGCAUGAGCUGUACAAACAGUUGCUGCACGAUGCGGGAGAGCAGAGGUUCAUGGAGUAUAGAACUCAAGUGGGGUAUAUGGACACAGUCGCCUCGAAGCUCGAUUUCAAUGACUUCGCUUUUGGGAAGUUUGUCCAGACACUCAAGGAUACGUUUGAUCCAAACGGAGUACUUUCGCCGGGAAAGUCAGGAGUCUGGGUGACGGGACGGAAUAUGUAG